ACCACUGAGAGCCAGAAAGGAUCACUGAGAGCCAGAAAGGACCACCGAGAGCCAGAAAGGACCACCGAUAGCCAGAAAGGACCACUGAGAGCCAGAAAGGAUCACCGAGAACCAGAAAGGGCCACCGAGAGCCAGAAAGGGCCACCGAGAGCCACCUCUGCUCCCGCCCCGCAUCCCUGCGGCCUCCCGGGGGUGAAGAUGAGUGCCAAAGAGAUUCUGGUGUAUGCAGUAGAACUUGGAAAAAAUUUCUGCCUCUAUUUUGAAGACGACGAUGAGCUGGAGUGUGAUGCCCUGUGCAAGGAAAAGACCCUGCACCGAGUGCUGAGGAACGUGAACAGCCAGCUGCUGGUGGUGCGCCCCGACCUGAACGUGGCGGCCUUUGAGGACGUGACAGACCAGGAGAUGCAAUCUGGCAAGGGGAUGCAUUUCAGCAUCCACUGCUACAAAACCACCACGCCCUUAGCUGGGCUGCCCGUGGCCUUCAGUGUCCAAGUGGAAAACAAGAGUUACUACAUGUGCUGUGAGAGGGAAUGUGGGAAAAUGAUCGUCAGGUUCAAGGAAGGAGAAGUGCCCAAAGAAAUUCCUGGUGAAAGCAACUUCAUCUUUUUCAAAAAGACAUUUACAUCUUGCUGCUCCCAAGCAUUUAAGUUUGAAUACUCCAUGGAGCAGGGAAUGUUCUUGGCCUUUGAGGAAGAAGGCUACUUGAGAAAAUUAAUCCUUAAGAAACUGUCAGAAGAUGAAGUGGAUGAAACCAUGAAGAUAAGUUUAUGUAAGUUCAGUCAAAAUGAAAAUCACAACCUAUGAUGGAACA